AUGGCUCGCUCUGUCAUCCUCGCCACAGGCGCAUUACUCGCAAUCCUCUCUCCGCUAGCUCAGGCUAAGGAAAAGAACGAACUACGCACAUAUGCCUUCACGAGUGACGACUGUAGUGGAGCAACACAACGCGGCAACAUGGAUCUCAAGAUGGGCAAGUGCCAGAACAUCGUCGUCGGCGCCAACAGCAUCAAGCCCUUCCACAACAAGCAUGAGAACUGGAUCGGACGCAUAAACGAAGGCGGACCACCCUGCUUCAUCAGUACAUUCCAGCAUCACGGCUGCAAAGGCCCCGCAACGUCCACUGAGGAACUUCCUCAGGCCAUCUCCGAAUGCAUCUCACCAGUUCAUGAAGAACCUUUCCUCUCAGUACUGUUCGAUUGUUACCAACCUCCGCAAAUCUCGGUCCCAAAUCCCUACGUCGUUACCGAGACCACAUACUUCGAGUCUUCGGAGUGGGUUCAUACUAGCAACACUCUCACGCCCCUCGUAUCAACUACUAGCGCGAUCUAUCUCAGCACUCCACUGACUACAGUAACCGUCUUCCCUCAGAGCACAGUCACUGUGGUUAUGCCUCCGCCUGGACCACUCGAAACAGUCACUAUUCUCCCUCCUUCUACAAAAACGGUUACCGUCUACGGCGGAGACUAUGGCCAAUCUCACAUGCGUCGCUCUGAGCCGCCUCAGGAAUCAGGUGACAAAGCCACCCAGGAUCUUGAGCCACGUCACAAGAGCAAGUGGAAGGGACCUCGUAUUGGUGUAUGGAUGCUACACCCUUGGACAGCGGCAGUCAUUUGCUACGAAUGCUACGCAAAAAGCCCCGAUAACACGUUCAAGUUCGAGUGCCGCUCUGGACCGAAGAAUCCCGUCUAUUGCAAGGGCCCAGUACCUGAUCCGCAAGACCUGAUUACCGUCACGCAUACACCAGUUGUCACAGUGACAGCCGGUGACCCGGUCACCUCAGUUGUUACAGUGACAGCUACACGACCGCGACCAGUCUCCCCGGUCGCUUCACCAGCCGUUACUGGCCAGACUCUCUACACGAUGGUUGGCGGAAAACCAGUCUAUACAAUCAUCGACCAGUCGAUCUACACAGCUGAAGUUGGCCAGAAGGACGGCGAUCUCGAACCCCGCAAAUCGUUUCAUAGGGCUGUCAAAUUCGAUCACCCAUUCCAACCUGGCACGGAGAUGUGUGCAGAUGGCGAAUGGGAUGGCAGAGGAAAGGAUAGAGGCGAAAUUCGGAUCCAGAAGCCUAGCAAAGAUAUGAAGAGGUGCGACAAGGAUCAUGAGAUGCAGCUCAUCGAUGCCUCUCCACGGACAAGCACUCUCGAACUUCCUACGCGCACUAUCGCCAUCAGCACCUCCACCGUAUAUCCCUCGCCUGUCGUCACAGUCAAUCCCUCUCCACCUGUGGUCACUAUCACUACUGUCGUUGGUUCUGCGCCAGCGCCUCCUUUGGUCACCGUUACCACCAUCGUCGACCCUGCACCAAGUUACUCUAUUAUCACCACCAUCUUCGAUACUGCGCCAGCUUACUCUACUGUCACAACCAUUUUCGACACCGACCCACCUUGUUCCACGGUCACUGUCCUACCCAGUGUCGAUUCUGUGAGCUACACCACCAUCUACCAAGAUCGCCGUCGCCACCGCGAUCUGUAA